CAUCAUUUGAAACCACUGGACGUUCGUCCAAGGUCAUAAGAAGAACAACAACUCUGCUGGUUUCUCGAACGAGUACAAAUUACCAGCCCAUCCUCACUGAAGACCUCCUGGUUUUCUCUAUGCUUUGCGCGCUCCACACGGCUCUGUCAGCGCUAUAGAUCUAUACAACCCCUCCGGUCUAUAUACUAUUUUCGAAACAUUCCUCUCCUCUGACUCGGUGGUGCAUACAUCACCUCAAUCGUCAUGGUUCUCAGUGCGUCUGUCUCCACGACAGGGGCGGUCAAGAGACCCUCUUCUGCUUUGCAGGAUGACUGUGUGGGCUGGGAGAAUGCUCCGCCCAUGGGUGUCUCCACCUCUUCCUUCAACGUCCCCUAUCCUCACUAUGCCAUGAUCUACCUUGACAACAUGGGCAAGCUGAAGGUGUCCGAGUCUGCCUCUAUCCGGGAGCAGAAUGGCACUGUCUUCUCGUCCGACGUGCGCACUAAAUUCCUGGAGAUUCUGGGUGCAAAGGUCGGCUACCAAAAGCCUCUGAUACGCCGAUCCUCUGGCAUGGGUGCAUCUGAAUAUGGUUAUGCUUACCCCAGCGACAUGUCGCAUUACCGACACGGCAAGCGCCGCAAGGCUUCUGCCCACGACCCGGCCCUGGAUAUCUCUUUUACCGAAUCCUUUUCGGACCCUGUGGAAGAAAUUCCCGCUUGCUCUGCCACCAACAUGACAGGGCUCGAGAUCGGCGAUACUGAGAAGGUUCUGGAGUACUACGAGAACGCCCUCAAACACUUCCAACAACUCAACUGCCGGCAAAUCGCCAAAGCGUUCAUCAAGUUCAUCGAGCCCCGGAAACAAGUCAAGCACCCGUACAACGGAGGUCGACCCCGGGCUGGCGCCCCUCCUGGCGAGAAAGGCGACCCAGAGAAGACCAAGCCCGAGUGGUGGCCUGCCGGUGUGGUCCACAAGGAGCCCGACCACCUCAAGAAAGACCAGCGUAUUCGCCUUUUGAUCCACAUUGUUCGCAAGCUGGGGCGGUUCAACAUCACCCCGGAUAAGCUCCAAGAGGUUGCACACGACGCCAAGAGACAACUGAAGCCGAACAAGAUGGAGGUUCUUGAUGAGAUCUUCCGUGUACGACGGCUGGAAGAGCGAUACGAACGGGGCGAAGUCGAUGCCACCACCAUGGUCUACGUUCUCAACCGGGACACCAACGCCAAGGGCGACAAGGACUCGGACACAGUUAGCGAAGCAGAUCAAAGAGCUGAUAUGGAUGAGCUCGAUGAUGUCGAUGAUGGAUUCUUGACACCGUCCACAUCAGCCGAGCAAGCGACUUCCUUCGCCUCCAUGGACAACAUGGCCAUGCCUAGCCAAGGCCGGUCAAUGCACAUUGGGACCGACCGAAACCAGAUCUUCCCAUACUCGGAGUCACUCAGUUUUGGCGAGCAGCCCAGAACCGACCGAUCAUACUACCAUGCCACCCCGGAGUACUCGGACGAGUAUCCAUCGCACCCGAUGAUCAAAGCGUCUCCAAACUCAUCGCUGAUCAGUCCCAACGAGGCUGCCUUUGAUUAUCUGGCCCCUCCGUUUCCCGCCUCCACGGCAGGGGAGCAGAUGGUAUCCUCGACCCGCCCGGUGUCGGUCCCCAUGCAACACCCCGUCAGCCACUAUGAUGCCUGGACGCCAUCCUACCGACAAAACGUCUUCAACCCCAUGGGUUACGGUGCCGCCAACCAAACGCUUCACCAGCCUUCCAUGUACCAAAUGCCCAUGACGUCCGCUUCCCACGCUUCAGACCUGCCAGCCGGGAACGGCCUUCCUGACAUGCGCGGUGACAAGAUCGAAGAUCUUCACCCCAAGGGAUCUUCUUUCCGUGGGGGCCAUUUAAGCCACCCUCACAUGAUGGCGGCGCACCAUCCCACCGCAGCCUAAGUGCAACCAACCCAUUAACGACACUCCGGAAGGCAUAGCGACCUGACCCUGAAUGACGCGCAUGAUAUGUAUGACUGAGCGAUAGACUUCAUUAUUUUGUCCACUAGCGGGAACUCUUGCCUUAUUCUCCAGAACCCGCCAUCUUUUUUGCCGGGGGCGCUCUGCGACUUAAUUUACCUAGCGAUGCAUU